CAACAUGUCUGCCAUUCACAGAUCCACAAAAUGGCCGGAAACGUACGACAACCCAUCGACAUAGCCUCUCUGGAGCGCUUCAUCACCGCCAAUGUUCCUGAAAUUGCCGUCCCCAUUGAAGUGAAGCAGUUCGGCUACGGGCAGUCAAACCCAACAUACCAGCUCACGGACAAGCAUGGCAAGAAGUUUGUUAUGAGGAAGAAGCCUCCGGGCAAACUCAUCUCCAAGACAGCGCACAAGGUCGACCGCGAAUACCGGAUCAUUCACGCUCUCGAAAACACUGAUGUCCCUGUACCCAAAGCUUAUGCCCUCUGUCAGGAUGAAAGCGUCGUGGGCAGCGACUUCUACAUCAUGGAGUUUCUCGACGGGCGCAUCUUCGAAGACCCCGCGAUCCCCGGCGUAACACCCUCAGAGCGCACGCAGAUGUGGCACUCCGCCAUAACAACCCUCGCAAAGUUUCACCGCGUGAAGCCUGAAUCUGUAAACCUCUCCACCUAUGGCAAGCCCAGCGGAUUCUACAACCGGCAAAUCGCAACCUUUAACACCAUCAGCCUCGCACAAGCGUUAACAAAAGACAUCGAGACUGGCGUGCCCGUAGGCAAGAUCUCGCACCAAGACGACAUGGUAUCGUUCUUCAGCGACGCCGCCACGCAGCCCGCGGACAGAAGCACAUUCAUACACGGCGACUACAAGAUCGACAACGUCGUGUUCCACAAGUCCGAGCCGCGCGUCAUCGGCAUCCUGGACUGGGAAAUGAGCACCAUCGGCCACCCGCUGUCGGACCUGAGCAACCUGCUCUACCCGUACCUGACCGCGUCGUCUGAGAAAGCGCAGUCCGUGGGACGCGCGCAUGCCGGCUUCAAGCCUGGCGCUACCCCUGGGCUGCCUUCGCGCGACCAGCUUAUUGAUUGGUACAGCGAGGUUGCGGGCUGGGAUCCACGGCCGGACCUGACGUGGGGCGAUGCGUUCGCGAUGUACAGGAACACGAUCAUCAUGCAAGGUAUUGCGGCGCGCUACGCGGUGAGACAGGCGAGUAGUGCGCAGGCGAAGGAUUACGGGGACUCGAUGAAGCCGUUUGCGGAGGUGGCGUGGGAACUGGUGCAGGAGUACAAGAGGACGCACAGCAAGGACGGGAAGGCGAAGUUGUAGUCUCGAGACUCAGCUCAGCACGGAAACUCAUGAAAUUGUGUUUUCGAAGCCUAAAGUCAACUGGAAUUUGACAAGUGCUGAUGCUAGUUCCAAUGUAAUUGAGUCUUGCGCACUUCAUCCAUCUAGAAAGGACUUCCUUCAGAGUCGCAGUCCCUUACGCCGAACAUCUCUUCCUCUCCAGCUCCCCAGAAAGUCGAGCUACACACUCAUCUCAACGGCCCC